GAUCGCAGUAUUGCAGUAUGGGAUAUGGGUCCUUGGCCAAAAGAUGUUCAAUUACGUCAAGUUCUUGUUGGACAUCGAGCUGCUGUUAAUGUUGUUGAUUUCGAUGAUAAGUACAUUGUUUCAGCUAGUGGUGAUCGUACAAUCAAAGUUUGGGCUACGGAUACAUGUGCUUACGUGCGUACAUUGACAGGUCAUCGUCGAGGUAUUGCUUGUUUACAAUAUCGUGAUCGAUUAGUGGUUUCCGGAAGUUCCGAUAAUACAAUCCGUAUUUGGGAUAUUGAGACUGGUGUAUGUUUCAGAGUUCUUGAAGGACAUGAAGAACUAGUACGGUGUAUCCGCUUUGACUCUAAACGUAUUGUGUCAGGUGCAUAUGAUGGAAAAAUUAAAGUUUGGAAUUUAAAAGCUGCACUCAAUCCUCGUUCUAAACCAAAUCAAUUAUGUAUUCAUACAUUACAACAGCAUACUGGUCGUGUGUUUCGUUUACAAUUUGAUGAUUUUCAAAUUGUUUCAUCAUCACAUGAUGAUACUAUUUUAAUAUGGGAUUUUGCACGACCAGCUACUGGAAGUGAAGAACGUGAUGAUGGAUUUGAUGAUGGAAUAAAUGCUGCAUUAGCAUCACAAAAUAAUUGUCUCUGUUCAUUAAGAUCAGCUGCUGUACAAUGUCAUGUACAAUCAGAUAAUAAUAUUAAUACCGGAGGUGGAUGUAGCAGUAGUAGUCAUACUAAUACUAAUAAUAAUAAUAAUAAUAACAACACAAACGACAAAAAUAACUUAACACUUGUCUCCAUUGAUAACAAGAAUAGUGUUACUGCUUCCACUUCCACUACUACUAUUACUAAUGCUAACAUCAACACCAUUACCACGUCUACUAUUAGUGGUAAUAAUAAUCCUAAUGAUAAUUUCAGCAAUUCUAAUAAUUCCAUUAUGAAUCCAUCCAAAUCUAGUUUUAUCUCAUCAACUAAUAGAAAAAUUUAAAGAGAAAAACAAAUUAAAUUGGUAUCAACCCACCAAUAUUUCACAUUUAUCAUUAAUUCUAAUUUAACUUGCACAGUAAUUUCUUCUUCUUAUUUUCUGUCUCUUCUCUCGAUGUUCAUGUUUCUACUAUUCAUGUUUAUCUUUGAAUUUGACGAUGAUGUUGAGUAUUUAGUUAUUUUUACUCAUGCAUAUAUAUAUAUAUAUAUCGGCCUAUUGUUACUGUUAUCAAUAUUAUUACUGUUACUUUCGGUUGUGUUAUUUUACAACUUCUCGGUAAAAUGAUUAGUCAGAACAUGA